AUAACGUCAAUAUUUUGAGAUAACCAAUAAACCGAAGCUGAAGCCAGAAAACGAAAAUGGAAACGGAAACGGUAGCCACCACAUAACUUGUAAUCGGAAACUGUAAUCAUCUUCUUCAAGGGGAGAGAGAGAUCGAGUUUAAUGGAGCUACUGCGGUUGCACCUGCACCCUGCUCGUGAUGUCCCCGUUCACUCUUGUCUCUCCAACUCCACCUCCACCUCCUCUCUUCUCCCCACCUACCACCUACUCUCCCUCCGCCGCCGCCGUUUCCCGCCUCCGGAAGCAUGCUCGGCCGACGUUGACGCCGCCCUGCCUCUUCCGUCGAUAGCGGUGCCCGAGCACGCCGGCGGGAAGAUGGUGGUGGAACUCAUCGGAGCAUUCAAUGAGCUGACGGAAAGGAUGAACGUGUUGUCAACGAGCUCAUCUCGUGUGCUGUUCAAGUCCCUGAAACUCUCCAUUCCAAUCUUGCAAAAUUGCCCUCUUUCCCCUGAUGGCCGUUCCCCUCUCUCCAAAGCCUUAUCCGUUGCCAUCGUCCUCGCCGAUCUCCAGAUGGAUGCUGAGGUUAUCUCUGCUGGGAUUUUGAGAGAGGUCUUCGAGGCGGGUGAAGUGACUAUACAUGAAAUCCGCAACCAAAUCGGUACUGGCACUGCGCACCUGCUGCACGAGAGUUUGCGUUUGAAGAACAUCCCAUACAGAGUUGAUGUUCUGGAUGAUGAUAAUGCUGCUGCGUUGAGGAAGUUCUGCUUGAUUUACUAUGACAUUAGGGCCCUGAUUUUGGACUUGGCUCUGAAGCUUGACAUGAUGAGGCAUCUCGAUUAUCUACCAAGAUAUAAGCAGCAGAUCCUUUCUCUGGAGGUUAUGAAAAUAUAUGCUCCUCUUGCUCAUGCUGUGGGAACUAAUCACUUAUCACUUGAAUUGGAAGAUCUCUCAUUUCAGUACCUAUUUCCUUAUUCUUAUCUGUAUGUUGAUACCUGGUUGCAAAGUCAUGAAACAGGGGGUAGAUCAAUUAUUGAUAUAUAUAGGGAAGAGCUAUUCCAAGCGCUAAAAGCCGAUACCUUGCUCACAGCACUGGUUGAUGAUAUAUCAGUUGAAGGUCGGUAUAAAAGUCGUUACAGUACAAUGAAGAAGCUCUUGAAGGAUGGUCGGAAGCCAGAAGAUGUAAAUGACGUGCUUGGCCUGCGAGUGAUAUUAAAUCCAAAGCCUGGAGCUGGAGCUGGAGAUAGUGCAUCGGAAGCUGGUGAGAGGGCAUGCUACAGAGCUCAUCAAAUCAUCCAAUCUAUGUGGAAAGAAAUUCCUCAUCGGACAAAAGAUUAUAUUGCCAGCCCCAAACCUAAUGGAUAUAAAAGCUUACAUAUGGCGGUAGAUGCAAGUGACAAUGGUAGGACCAGACCAUUGAUGGAAAUACAGAUCAGAACAACUCAGAUGGACAGGUUAGCUGUUGGCGGAACGGCAUCACAUUCAUUAUACAAGGCAGGACUUACUGAUCCGGUGGAGGCAAGGCGUCUGAAGACAAUCAUGCUAGCUGCAGCUGAGCUGGCAGCUCUGCGACUUAAAGAUCUUCCAAACACAAACCAUAAGGGGAUUGAGAUUGACCAGAGGGAUAGAGUGUUUCGGCUUCUUGAUAAGAAUGGAGAUGGUAAAAUUAGCAUAGAGGAACUUACAGAGGUAAUAGAAGAGCUCGGUGCACCAGGAGAAGAUGCCCGAGAGAUGAUGCAACUCCUUGAUUCAAACAGUGAUGGCUCCCUGAGCUCUGAUGAAUUCCAUAUGUUCCAAAAGCAGGUUGAGUUGGUGCGUUGUUUAGAGGCUAGAGAUGAUCAAUACAAGAAAUUGUUGAAUGAUAAGCUUCAUAUGGCAGAUGACAGUGGUUUGAUUCAUGUAUAUAGUAAGGAGUUUGGAAACAGGCUUGCGAGUUAGUGCUGCAUCCAAUUGAUAUGAACAAAACUUUAUGAUAUUAUUAUGAAGAGCAAUGCUAGGGGGCCAGCAAUUUUUGUGAUUGUUAGCCAUCAAUUAGCCAUCAAUAAUGAUUUGAUGGUGUGAGAUUGGUGUAAGAUUUCAUCCAAUGGCUCACCUUCCUCUGCUGGUUACAUGCUGGCCAAAAUUCAACAAAACUGCUGGUCCCCUAGACUUUUCCUAUUAUGAAAGGUUACCCACCAUGACCUCUCUUACACCAAUCCAACAACCAAUAUUAUAAUAACAACAACCAAUCGUCCUCGUCCUCGUCCUCGUCAGCUUAAGCUAGUCCCAGAUAACUGAUAUAAUUGCCAUGUAAAUAAGUUUUUUUUUUUUUUUUGUAUUGCCAUGUAAAUAAGUUACUAACGGUUGCAGGCAAGAUGGGCCUAAAUGAGCAGUUUUUCUCGGCUCCCUUAGGGCUGUCAAAAUGGGUCGAGCCCGUUGGAUAGGCCUGUUUAACCACUUAAAUAGGUGGGUUUUGGCUACCAAAAUAGGUCUGCAAAGACGAGAUGUUUAGCCUUAAUAUGAAAGAAGGGUUUUGGGAAAAGAAAAAGACGUGGUCAACGGAGGUCAGGUGCUUGUCCGACGGCAGUUAGUGGUGGUAUGAUGUUGGUUUGGUGGCGGCCGAUGGUGGCAAAAUGGUGAUAAUUGGUGAUAACUGUAGAUAUCAUAUUGUCACGGCUUUGGACACACUCCAACGCUACCGUGCCGGCAUUCGAACUUAUUCAAUUUCUUGAGUUAAGACCAAGUCAGCCUAACCCUCAAUACUUAGCAAAAAAGUUAAGAAUACAAGAGAACACAAGAGAAAGGAAGUUUUGGUGGAAAAACACUUUAUUGCUUAAGUGUUUAUUACAAAUGAUUCAUCCAUGACUCACACUAACUCUCACCUCCUAUUUAUAGCCAUCCACCUCCUCAAUGGAUGGUUAAGAUUAAAUCUAAUCAACUGUCUAGAUUAAUCAUCUAGAACCUUCUUUACAAAUAUCUAUCCUACCACUACUUUCUAAAUACUUCUAGAUUGUUCCAUACUACUUUUCAUACUUCUAUAUACAUCCACACUCUUCUAGAAUAUUCUAUGAUCUUCUAGAGUCUUUUAGAACCUUCUAGGGUAUUCCGGGAUCUUCUAGGACAUUGUAGAACGUUCCGGAAUCAUUUAGAGCAUUCUCAAAUAUUCUAGAAAACUCUACAAACACUGUUAAAUUUAACCUUCUAAAAUUUACCGUGACAUUCUCUCCCACCUAAUGUGCAUACGUCCUCGUCGCGUUCCGUUCAUGAUAGCGCUCUAGGUGUUCUUGGAAUUGCCACAGAUCUUCAUGAGCUUCCCAACUAGCUUCGGUUAUCAAGAGCCCUUUCCACUUGAUUAAGUAUUGGAUACUUGGUGGUACCCCUCUUCGUCGCACGAUGCGAUUAGCUAAGAUCUCUUCGAUUUCUUUAUCAAAGGAUCUAAUUACCACGUGCGGAGCACGACUCGAGUCACCUCCACUCGAUUCGUCUUGGUCUCCAUGAUAUAGUUUAAGCAUACUCACAUGGAAGACUGGGUAGAUCUUCAUAGAGGGAGGGAGUUGUACUUUGUAAGCAACCUCUCCAACACGUCCAAUGAUCUCAAAUGGCCCUUCGUAUUUGCGGAUUAAACCCUUAUGAACUUCGCGAAAGGCUUUGAAUUGUUGUGGAAGAAAUUUGAUCAUUACCUUGUCUCCCACUUGAUAGCUUGCAUGCCUCCUCUUCUUAUCUGCCCAUUUUUUCAUCCUCUUGGCAGCUUUGUCGAGGUAAGAACGAGUGACAUUUGCUUGUUCUUCCCAUGACUUAAUCAUAUGAUAAGCUCCAAGGCUCUUCCCUGAGUAAGAGGAAGAAAGAGAGUAACGUGUAAGCAGCUGUUAUUGAUGAGCGGAUAAUUUAUACGCUUUUUGACAUUGUUUUUACAUAGUUUUUAAUAUGUUUUAGUUACUUUUCAGUAUAUUUUUAUUAGUUUUUAUGUAAAAAUCACAUUUCUGGACUUUACUAUGAGUUUGUGUAUUUUUUUGUGACUUCAGGUAUUUUCUGGCUGAAAUUGAGGGACUUGAAAAAAAAUCUGAUCCAGAGGUUGAGAAAGGACUGAAGAUGCUGUUGGAUUCUGACCUCUCUGCACUCGAAGUGUAUUUUCUGGAGCUAUAGAAGCCCAAUUGGCGCGCUCUCAAUUGCGUUGGAAAGUAGACAUCUUGCGCUUUCCAGCAACGUAUAAGAGUCUAUACUUUGCCUGAGAUUUGAUGGCCCAAACUGGCGGCCAAACGUCCACCAGAGACCCUUUUCUAGCGUAAAACACCAGAGCUGGCACCAAAGCUGGAGUUAAACGCCCAAACUAGCACCAAAACUGGUGUUUAAACUCCAAGAAGAGCCUAUGCACGUGAAAGCUUCAAUGCUCAGCCCAAACACACACCAAGUGGGCCCCAGAAGUGGAUUUCUGUAAACCUAAUUUACUAGUUUAGUAUAAAUAGCACUUUUUACUAUUGUAUUCAUAUCUUUAGAUCAUUUUUGAGACUAUCUUUGGAUCACUUUUGAUCUCUUGAUCACGUUUUGGGGGCUGGCCAUUUGGCCAUGCUUGAACCUUCAUCACUUAUGUAUUUUCAACGGUGGAGUUUCUACACCUCAUAGAUUAAGGUGUGGAGCUCUGCUGUUCCUCAUGAAUUAAUGCAAAGUACUAUUAUUUUUC